UUCCGCAAGACCACCAUGUGACUUCAAAAGUAGGUUCGUCACCGAUGGAAUUCACGGAGCUGCCAAGAGUGCGAUGCACGCCAUAGCAACGAUCUGGAAGGCAGCACUGCACACUCUAACCUCCCCUGUUUCUCCACAUUCAAAGAAGAGAAAGCUGAAGACAUGAAUGAUUCGUCUCUUUAUUUCUCCUUCAAUCAACUCGAUGGUUGUGAAGAUUAUGCUUUGGCUUGGAAUUGGAACCACCGGUGCCAUUCUUUUAUUCGUCACUAAUGGGAAGCAACAGAGUCUGGGUCAUCAAAACACGUCAAGGACGACGACGACGACCGAUCAAAGGCUUCUCGAAUCACGCUCCAUUAACCAGUAGGCAAAUGUUCUAGUAUCCAUUUGCGUCAGCCACCAAUUGGACUCCACCUGGAGGACCAUGUAACCUAUUCAACCUCUGCUUCAUGAAUAAAAGGGCAGGCACCAUAGACGCACCUCAAGGAAAGAAAGAGCAGUUGAACGCAGAUCUUCUCCUCGCUUUGUUCUGCCAACUCUCCUGUAAGCCAUGUUAAAGGUCAGUUCAGUGGCUGCACCCCCAGCCUCCAAUCCCCUCUGGUUUCCAGGCACCAGAAUGGAAGGCUUUGCAGUGGUUCCUCCAUCUAAGAGAACGGCAGAGAUAGCCAAGAGCCGGGAAGAGCUCCUCCGGCUCUUGCAUGAUCUCCCGGAGUGCGAGUACGAGCUCUCCCUCACCGAUCUCAUCGAUAAAGGACCGGUCGCUGCUGAUUCAACCACUACAGAGAGUAGCCCGUCCUUGGAGGAAGGCAAAUCGGAUCAGGCAUCAUUGGCGAAGAAGAGGAAGCAGGACAUGAACAGGAGCAACAAGCGUAGUUUUCGCAGCCAUAGCGAUGGUGUGCUUUUGAGGUUUUACGUGCCGGCUUCCUUGACGCGAAGCCUUACCACGCCACGGACGAGCCGCGGACGUCGGUGCAAAUCCACAAAGGAAAGCAACGAGAGAGAUGGAGAAGUAAUCCCAUUCGGAUGUUGGUCGGCUUUAUGGAAUAGGAGGGGGAAGUCGAGCAGGAAGGCGCUGGAAAGAAUGAACUGAACACGAGUCGGUGCUGAUGGAAUAAUGUCAAUGCUUCGCCUUAUAAAUUUAUGGAUUAGAUAUUAAGACGCUAUACUCGAUUAACGUGUAAUAACGAAUGUACAUAAAUAGUUCCACAGCCCAACCUGCCUCUUAGUUGGGCCAUCAACUCAUCCCUCUGCUGCUCAUUCAUUUAUUUAAUUAUCAAUUUUGUUUUCUCAUCUUGUGGGUAAUUUCGUAUGUUUCAAUGUAUUAAUGAUGGAAGAAGCAAUAAGCAUCUGUUGUCUUGUCGUGUG